UCAUUGCAACGACGCUAGAGAAAGAGUUAUGUUCGGUACUGUAAGAGUUAGUCAAGGCCUGUCUGAUACGAAAGAAUGCCACAUACCAGCAUGACCUUAUCUUCCACGGUUUGCAGCGACUCCUGGGUGGUCAGCUCCCACGUAUUAACCAGGUUCGGGCUCUUCGACCAAUUGUUUUUCGCUAUAGGGAUACUAUUGUCUCUGCUAAGACUGGUUUUAGGAAGAGCAUCAUCUUCUAUGCUAUCCUAAUAUUUAUUGGCAGAAUUGUCAUCCAGUUGGUUCCUUCAAGCAAGCUUGGAGAGGAGUAGAAGCGGUCGAUUGAACAGUUACUAGAGGCCAGGCCUUGCCUUGUUACAGUGGAGACCAAGCACACGAAUCCGAACCUGUAUAAGGAGAUUGCAGCUGGGUUAUAUACCCAUAUCUUGAUGGGUCCUGUGUGAAGAACUCAACAACGAUACCUAUACCAGAUCAGGAGGCAUUGUCAGCCCUCUUUGAUAUCG